UCUUUUACAAGUAUUACGACGUAAACAUUCAAUUGUCAAACUAUUUCGUUACGGUAUUCUUCUUUUUUUGUCCAUUUUAACGCGCUUGUGAUCAUCUUUAUGUCGUCAGAUUAUGCUCCAAUGAAAAUCCGUCUAUUUAUUUGAUUGGAAACGUAAAAACGAUGGCUGAUGAUGUUCAACACUAUUUUGACCCGCACAUGUAUAAAGGUUCUGAAAAUGUGGAAUUAGUAACUGGAUAUCUAGCAAUUAGUGCCGGGCUUCUAACAUUCACUCUCAUCAACUAUGCGGCUAUCAAGAUUGGGCCAGCCCAUUACAUGAAGGGCGAUAUUUGGCGUUGGAGAAAUACCCUUGUUUCCUGGAUACACGCUGUUCUUGUUGGAACUGGUGUUUUAUACUUUCUGUGGAUUGAGUCAGUCUUCGGCGUUGACCUGGUUUUGUUUUGUGAACCGGGAAUGUACAUGCUGGUUGCCUUUUCUCUCGGUUAUUUUCUACAUGACUUUGCAGAUCAUCUGGUGAACAACAAGCUUUUCAGCAAUUAUGAAGUGAUCAUUCAUCAUAUCGGGGUAAUAUGGUCGUUUUGGUACAAUGUCCACUACCAAAUGUACAUCCCCUACACCAUCAUCGCGUUGAUGGUGGAAGUCAACUCCGUGUUCCUGCAUGCACGAAAGCUCAUGCAGUUAAAUCAGUGGUCGUUCAACCAUUGGCUGUACAAGUUCGUGAUUGUUCUAAACUUGAUCACUUUUGUCGGAUUUCGUCUCUAUGGAGUGUACUUGGUUGGAAAAUAUGUGUAUAUCAUUUGGGACAAAUUUACUGUAGUUUACCAAGUCUUCAUUGUCAUUACUAUGGGAGUGAUGUAUUUAAUAAAUCCGAUAUUAUUUUGGAGGCUUGUGAAAAAUGACGUUAUUAGAAAUUUAAGAAGCUCAACUAUGAAAUCUCAGCAGAUUGGACACGUGUUAAAUAAUAACGCGAAGAAAGAUUUAAAUGAUGAAUCAUCACACACGCAUUAAAAAUAAAGAAUGUUUUUCAGCUAUUGACAAUGGUUUUUCAGCUAUUGACAAUGGACAUAUGGUGGACAGUAUUAUGAAGAAAGUUUGUGGUGAAUCAUACAAAUAAAAGUGUCUGGGAAUUUUAAAAGCUCAACUGCGAAAACUCAACUGAACAGACAUGUGUUAAAUAAUAAUGCGAAGAAAGUUUUUAAUGAUCAAUCACAUAGGCAUAAAAAAAAUGUCCAAAAAUUUACUGGUAACUGUUUACAAUGAAAUGCGAAAAAUGGAUUCAUUGUGAACACUAACGCACAGAAUGUUUGUAACGAUGAUUAAAGAUAUUAAUAAAAAAUCUCUAGGAUUUUGAAAAGCUCAAUAGAAUGGACAUGUGUCCAAUAACACACAAAGAAAGUAUUCAAUGAUGAAUCACAUACUCAUCGGAUAAAAAAUUUACUGGUAGCUGUUUACAAUGAAAUGGGAAGAAUGGAUUUGUGGUGAACACUUACACAUAGAAAGUUUUUUUAUGGUGAUAAAUAAAAUUAAAAAAAAAAAAAAA